UUGUAUGGCACAUAGUUCAAAUUUAGAUACUGAGAAGCUCCUGAAGAACAAUGACUUCUCACAUGCUCAAAAUUUUGAUUGCUCUGCCUCUUUUGACCCUAUCUUUUCAAGCAUCUGGAGAAUUUUUGGAAUGGUGCAUAGCUGAUGAGCAGACCCUAGAUGAGGAGCUGCAAAGGGCCCUGGAUUGGGCUUGUGGCAAAGGUGGAGCGAAUUGCAGCAAGAUUCAAGUGAACCAUCCCUGUUACUUUCCAAAUACCUUGAGGGACCAUGCCUCUUAUGCCUUCAACAAUUACUAUCAGAGGUUUAAGCACAAAGGAGCUUCUUGCUAUUUCAAUUCUGCUGCAAUCACCACUGAUCUUGACCCAAGCCAUGGCUCAUGCAAGUUUGAGUUUCUCCCAUGAAUCAAAUAUGAAGUGAUUUCUUUUCUUACAGUGAAGAAAGAAAUGAAGUCAGUACUUGUUUUGGGCUGCGUCUCUUUAAAUAGCUGAUGUUCUCGUUGUUCUAUCUCUUGAUGUGAAAGUAAAUUAAUUUACCAUGCCAAAAUGGCUUUUAUUCUUCUAUAAAUGGUCAAGAAAUGGUGCUUUUUAGCUGUACGUGAAAGACUGUGGAGAGGGAACUUCACAGCCCCAUGGUUAAAGCAACAUGGGUAAACCUCAUCCCCAAGAAACUAUCAUUUAUCAUUUCAAUUUUCUCACAUUUUUAAUAUCUGGUUCAGUUUUUUUUAUCCUAAAUCGGGGUAGAGCCUCGAAAAUAAAGAAAAACAAAACAAACAAAAACGAAAACUACACCCUCUCAAACUAGGCACAAUAGCAUCCGCAUGCAAUAAGUCUACUCAAGCCCGGAUCCGUGACAAGAACCAAAGCUUGAUCUUGAUGAGAUCCAUAUUUUACCAUAAAGUCCACACAUUAUAUGAGUGAAAUGACUCAUUUACAUCACAUAAUGCAGACACUAAUGAAUACUUAGAGUAAAAAUCAAAGAGAAUAGAGAGAAGUAAUGAAUGUCGUAUAUGAUAUAUGUGAUAAAAAGAAAAAAACUGAGAUGUCUGCAAUGUUUAGAUGUCUAAAUAUUUCACCCAUGCAUGAGCUGGGUGAAAUUUUAGAAACUCACGAUAAAAUGAGUGUUUUUAAAAUAAAUAAAACUAUUUAUCAAAAAAAAUUAAAAAAAUUAAUUCAUAAAAUCCUUGUCAGCGCGUUUGAGACGGAAAGUCGGGGCUGGAUCAACUAUUCUUGCGGCUUUUCUAGCUUUGGCGGGAGCUGCAUGGUCCUUGGAUUUGACUAACGGAAGGUAUACCGUCACUACAAGUUGCGAUAGAGACCGUCACUAUAAGUUGUGACGGAAAGUAAUCUGUCACCAUUAGAAACCCCAUGUUGGAUAAA